AACGUAAGAAAGUGAAAUCUUUACAAUGAAAUUGACAGUGGUUCUACAAAUUUGUUUAAUUCAUUUGACGCUUGGUAAUCCAAAUGAUGAUGAAAUACAAAAUAAUGAAAAUUAUAAAACGUAUCAGUUAGACGUUCCGGGAAAAGAACCGAUUACAAUAAUUGAAAGUUCACCCUUAAGAGAUAAUAUUCAUAAAAAGUGGGAUGUUACUGAAACGACAUUAGAUAAUGAUUCUGAUAUUAAAAAUCUCAUGACGCAUUUAAUCGAUGGUGUUCGUGAUAACAGACCACGUUGCUAUGGACCGUCCUGUCAAGAAGGAUUCAAUGAGAAUGAAGGACCUCAGGAAGAUUUUGAAGAUUAUGUGAUGGGGAAUUCGGAUAAAUUAAAAGAUUUCAGUGAUUUCUCUAAUGAGCGUCUACAAGCUAUAGCCGCAUUAGCAGCAAAAUUAAAAAAACAAAAGGUAAAAUCAGACCGUUAUUCUUCUACAUCGAAUCAAGAAGAUGAAAAUGAGGAGAAAGUUUAUACAUCGUGGAAUCGUCUCAAAGUAAAACAACACAAGCAUCCUUAUGAUGAUAAAGAUGGCUGGGUAACACUGGAACCAGUGGCUUGGUCUACAAGUAAAAUAUCGAAAUGGAAACCAAAUGUAAAGAAACAAAAGCCAAGUUACUGGAAUGAAGAUGAAGACACUAAUUUUUCUAAUGAUGAUCGAUACACACCUUACCAAGAUAUGGAGAAUAGCUACGUGUACCCACAGAAAAGACCAACUUUAUCUCGUCCUGGAUUCAUUAAUAAUAAACUACAUAUACCACAAGAGUAUGACACGGAAUUACCGUCGAAACCAUCUUGGACCAAAAACAAACCACAGCAGCCUAUGCAAACCUUUCAAUCAACUUGGGCGACUGAUGAUAGCCGACGUCCUUACAGACCAAACUGCGAUAAAGGCGAAGCCUACCCAAAUGACGAUUCCAUGUAUUACGGAAUGUCAGACUCUCUAAUGACUGAUUCUCGUCCUUCAAACUUUCCACAUGAAUACGAAGCACUUCACCAGUCGUCGUCGAUGCAGAAGCGGCCAAUACGAAGACCCACUCAAGUUGUUUAUGCCGGUGAAUCCGAUUUUGACAGUGAUCGCUCAUCGAGACCCCCACACGGUGAUGGACAGUGGGUAUUGCUAUCAACCACGAAAGGAUACAGGCACAAAAAGCGACAAAGAUCGCUGGAAGUACCUCAUGAUAAAUCUGAUAUUCCGUCAAUAGUAUCACACCAAGCUGUAUCGCUUACUGUAUUACCAGCUAAUGACGAAUCCCAAAUAAACAUGACUACGUCACAUGGAGGUUUGUUGGAAGUCGAAAGAAGUUUUCAGACUGUAGAAGAAGCUAAGAGGGAUAUGGAUUUAAAAAAUGAUUUAGAAGUUGCCGCAAGUCAGUUGAGACCAGUUAAAACUAAAGUAUUAAAGAAGAAAAUAUUUGGACACAAAAACCCGCUUGAUAGUUCAACGGUAAUGGCGGCUGUUGGUGCGGGCAUGGUUCCUGCAACGAUGGCUAUGGUCGUACCAAUGAUGCUUGGCAGACGUCGGAAGCGAGACAUCGACCUCAAGCACCAGAAUUUGCAUUUUGAUAAUAUUAUGUAUAGGCAUUAGGUUUUAGAAAUAUUAAUUUAUUUAUUGACAUAGUUAUAGUGGAGAGUUAUUAAUGUCUGUGAUUAUUAUUGUAGUUUUAAUUU